AUGUCAACAUCCAAUGGAGGAAUUCAAUCUCAAAUUCCAAAAUUGCUAGGGCAAAAUUACUAUCAUUGGCAUAUCCAAAUGAAAGUUUUACUAGAAUCACAAGACCUCUGGUCAAUCAUCGAAGAUGGAUAUAGUGAAAUCCCUGCCAAUGCUUCAGAAAACGAUCAGAACACAUAUAGAGAGAAAGUCAGGAAGGAUAAGAAGGCGUUACAUGUAAUUUUUCAGGCAGUAAACGAAACUGUGUUCGAACGUGUGGCAACAAGUAAAACAUCUAAAGAAGCGUGGAACAUUCUUCAUAAGGCAUAUAGAGGAGAACGCAGGGUUAAAACGGUAAGGCUUCAAACUUUACGAUGUGAAUUUGAUGCAUUACGGAUGAAAGAUAGUGAAUCAAUAGAAGAAUAUAUCAAUCGGACCACAGUUAUAGUAAAUCAAUUAAGACUAAAUGAAGAGGAAGUCCCAGAACAACGAAUAAUAGAGAAAAUACUUAGAAGUCUCACUCGAAAAUAUGAAUCAGUUGUGGUCGCAAUCGAAGAAUCUAAAGAUCUGAAUACCAUCACAACAGAAGAAUUAUUAGGAAUUCUGCAGUCUCAUGAAUUAAGAUUAAAGCAAUACGAUGAUUCACCAAUGGAACAAGCGUUUCAAGUUCAAAGUCAAGGACUGGAACGUUCAAGAUCACUUAGAUCUGAGAAUACAGGAAGAGGAAGGGGUAGAGGAAGAGGCAGAUACAAUGGACAGAUUAGAUGUUUUAACUGUCAACGGUUAGGACAUAUAGCGAAAUUCUGUCAAAGGAGAGACGAUACUGAAAAGAUUAGCAAUGCACUUAUGCAUGAAAAGGAGGAGGAUGAGGAAACUAUGUUUAUGAUCUUUAACAUAGAAGAAACAACGAAGGACGGUUGCUGGUAUUUAGAUAGCGGAUGUAGCAACCAUAUGACUGGCGACAAAAGUCUAUUCGUCACACUAGACGAGUCGGAGAGAAGGGAAGUUAGGACUGGGGACAAUAAAAAAUUAGAAGUGCUGGGUUGUGGAGAUGUUUUGAUCAGAUUCAAGGGAGUAGAGAAAAGGGUACCGAAUGUAUAUUUUGUUGAAGGUUUGAAACAUAAUCUUCUAAGUGUUGGCCAGUUAGUGCAGAAAGGAUAUGAAGUUAAAUUUCAUAACCAUGAAUGCACUAUAAAGGAUCAAAAGGGCAUGAGUAUAGGGAAAGUUCAAAUGACCGGAAACAAAAUGUUUCCUUUAAAUUUAGAAUAUGAUGAUACACCAAGGGCCUAUAGCAUGAUGAUAUAA